AUGGCACAAGUCAGUCAGAGGGUUGACAAACCACACAGACUGAGAGAAGAGCUGAGCUGCAUGCUGGUUGGUGAUGGAGCAGUGGGGAAGACUACUAUAAUCAUCAGUUACAUUUUCAAUGGAUACAACAGCGAGUACAAGCAAACAGCAUUUGAUGUUUUCACUGGUUUGGUUCAUGUGAAUGGAAUCCCAACUCGUCUCAAACUGAUAGACACAGCCGGCCAGGAAGACUUUGGCCAUCUUCGCUCUCUGUGUUACGCCCAUGUGGACGUCUUCAUCCUCUGCUUCAGCCUUGUGAAUCCCGUCUCCUUUGACAAUAUCACCUCCAAAUGGAUCCCACAGAUCCGCGCCGCCAACCAGACCUCACCCAUCGUUCUGGUAGGAAGCCAGGCGGACCUUUGUCACAAUGUGGGCGUCCUCGUUCACCUGGACCGACUAAACACCAGACCGGUGAGCUUUAGUCGGGCCAGGAGGCUCGCUCACAGGGUUGGAGCUCAUAAUUAUAUUGAGUGUUCAGCUCUCACACAGCACAACCUCAAAGAUGUGUUUGACUGUGCUGUAUUUGCUGCCAUUAAGCACAAGAAGAGGAGCUCUAAAUCCAGAAAGCUCAGCCCACUUGAACGUUUAAAGUCUUUUUGUGAUUGUGGAUGGAGAAAAAUCUUCAGAUUCAUCUGA